GCAGUGACAAACGGAACGACUUCCUGAGUUCACAGUUCAACAAGCCACCAUGCGUGUUUCAGUAGAAGUGGAACUGAGUACAAUGUAGCCGGUUCAAAUAUUGUAAUACUUGUAGCCUUUUCUCAUGCGUGUUUUUUUCUCAGCACCUUCGUAUACAACAUGUCCGUGAACGCAUCAAAACACGAGCUGCUCCAGCUAAUCUAUCGACAUCUGAAGGAGCAAGGUUUCCACUCAGCUGCAGACGAGCUCCAGAGGAACAGCCCACAGGAGGGGACAAGCGUUUCUCCUUCUUUAUUUGACAUCUAUAAUUCGUGGUUAAAAGACUCGAAGACAAAAAGGAAACCAGCCUCCAAAGGAAGGACUACUAAACCGAAAGCAACUAAAGUCCAAAGUCCAUCCGCCACUAAUCAGACACCAGCUGAGGACGACAGCAGCCCAGAUGACGACAGUCAGAGUUUACUGCCACAGGUUAAAUCACCCAAGAAGAAAAGCACCCCUGAGAAGAAACCUGCAGCACGAAAAAAGGUUCCAACAACACCACGCGUUGCCACUCCAGUCACAAAGAAGGAUAAACCUGCAAAAAAAGUACAGACUCCAAAAAAGUCUGCGCCAGCAAAAAGGGGGAAAAAAGAUGAAAAAUCAGCAGUUGUAGCUCCAGGAGGCAAUGAUUCAGACUCUGACAGCAGUCUGGAUGUCGAGAAAUGGAAGAAUCUGCUCCAGCAGAUGACAGAAUCUGACAUGGCCAAGAUGGACUCCAUCAACGCCCUGGACUCCUCCACACCACCACCCAAGAAAACGAGAGUGAGAAAACCCCGGGCCAAGCCUCCCGCAAAAACAAAAACCACCACUCAGCAGAAUAAAGAGACAAGUGAAAAUAAUGAAAAGGGGGAGGAGAAAAUUGUGACAGAAAAACCGAUGGAGAAAAGUGAAACAAAGCAGAGCAAGCAGAAAAAGGCUGCACCUGUGAUAUCCACCGCCCCGAGCCAAGAGCAAAACUCACCUGUGGAAGAUCCAGUGGAAUCAACUGUCCCCUUGUCAAACACACCAGCAAAGAAAGCAAAAAGAAAAUCUGUGACUCCAAGUGAAGAAAACUCUGAAGAGACAACGUCUGAGCCCAAGAAGAAAAAGAAAAAAGAAGUGAAUGAAAUCAACGUGGGAGAGAGUCCCAAUAAAACUGUUGAUGAUGGAAAAGAAAAUGUCAAAAAGAAAAAACAGAAAAAAGGCACAGAGGAAAAGACUGGAGACAAAGUAAUAGAGGAGAAGAAACAAGUGGAAGGAAUAACAGGAGAUAGUAAAAAGAAUGAGGGAGAAGUAAUGACAGGGAACGAAACUGAAAAUGUUGAAAAUGUGCCGGUUUCUGAGCAAAUAGUGCAAGAAAAAAAAACUAAGAAGAGGAAAAAGAAGGACACUGAUGGAGAAAAUAAUGCAGAACAGGAAGCUGAAAAGGUAGAAGAAGAUACACAGCAAAAAUUUGAAAAAAAGAAAGUAAAGAAGAAGAAAAAGAUAAUUGAUGUUACGGAAAAUUCACAGCUGGUAGAUGAAACUUUACCAGAAGUACCAGAAAUCCCAGAGCAGACACCUGAAAAAGAGAAAUCAAAGAAGAAGAAGAAAGUGAUUGCUAAAAACGAGGAAAGUUUAGAACAGGUAGUUAAAGGAAAAAAAGCAGAAAAGAAGAAAAAGGACAACACUGGUGCAAAUAACUCAGAACAGGAGGUUGAGGUACCGAUACCAGUGCAGGUAACCAGUGAGGAAGCACCAGAGCAGAUAACCAGUGAGGAAACACCAGAGCAGAUUAACAGUGAGGAAACACCAGAGCAGGUCACCAAAGUGAAGAAGAAAAAGAAAAAGGUCUCAUUGGAAAAUAACUCAGAACAGGAGGUUGAGGUACCGACAUCAGAGCACAUAACUAGUGAGGAAACACCAGAGCAGGUUAUCAGUGAGGAAACACCGGAGCAGAUCACCAAAGUGAAGAAGAAAAAGAAAAGGGUCUCCUCAUUGGAAAAUAACUCCGCCGACACAGAUCCACUACCUCCACCGGAUCCUGAGACUCCAAGUCCUCCAAAAGUGAAGAGGAAAAAGAAAAGCAAGUCUACAGCAGACGAGGACACAGACACAGUCCAAGACUCCACAGCCAUGGAAACCCUCCAAACACCUUUAGGUGAUAGCAAAAAGAAGCAAAAGAAAUCCUCGACGAGUAAAGAUGAUUGAUACAUCAUGAAUGAAACACAAGAAGGAUGAACAACACAUCCGUUCCAUCCAAUUUUUAAGGAUUUAUUUUUUAGAAAGAUCACUUAAACCUGUAAACAAGAACUUUUUAUAACUUUAUUUUGGUACAUAUUUUUUAAGCUGGGAUAUUUUGUCUGUUUUAUACCCUGUAAGUUGAAAACCAUGCCACAGCUUUUAUUUUGUGUUUUCUUUUUUAUCUGUUUUUACUGUCUAAUUUGUAAAAGUAAUAAGUAAGGGAAAUGGAUGGUCCUUCUUAUGAAGUAUUUUCAAAGUUGAAUUUAGUUAUUGAUUGAACUAUGUCAUUGUCUUUCUAUCUCAGGAUUUCUUCCAGUUAUGAUCCUAUUUUCUAAUUUCUGUAACACCACAAAGCAUAUGUCAAUGCAGCAAUUCGACCAAUAUUAUAUUUAUUCUAAAAUAUGUGGAAACUACUUUGACAAACUUCUUUGGUAUAGGUUUUGAUUGACCUAUGUUUGAAAAAUCAUGAACUAAAGUUUUACAUGUUUGAUAAGACUUUUAUAUUUUCACUGUAAAUAAUGCUUUUAAUACAAAUGAAACUCCAUACUUUUUAGAAUAUUUAUUUCCCCCCUUAAUGCAUUCUUUUGAGUCUGUUGUUUUUCACAGAAAAGACAGAGAGAGGUGGUGCCCAUCACCAGAGCCUCAUAGAAAGACUCCACAUUGGGUCCCAUCAUCACCCCAAGCCAACUACGCACAAUUCCCAUAACCACAUCUCCAUUAUGCUCAUAACUCAUGAAAUACUUAAACUUUGUGUUACACCCUCAAUGUUGGGAACCAAUUAUUCAAAGAGAGGGUUAUAUUUCCUCAGCAACAUCUGCAGUCUUAUUUAACAAUAGGAGCAUCUACCUAAUAUAUAGUCUUGUACAGGGCCUUACACGGCCGGAACAGACCUGAUAAGACAUGGUCUUCACAAGAUCUCUGAAGGUGUGCUGUGGUAUCUUGCACCAAGACAAUAGUAGCACGUUCUUUGAGUCCUGGAAGUUGGGAGGUGGGCUCAUAUGGAUUGAACAUAGUGGUGGAGCACAUCCUGUUGAUGCUCAAUUUGAUCCAGAUCUGGGGAAUUUGGAGACCAAGUCAACACUUUGAACUUGUCGUGUUCCUUCAGACUAACCUCUUCCAUUGCUCUGUGGUCUAGAUAUGAUGUGAUCCAGUGAUAACAAACACAACUUCUAAAAUUCUAAAACGUACACCACCACAAUCAAAAAUAAAUGUUUACAGAAAAAUGAACUGAGACGAAACAUUUUUAAAAAGUAAGCAAAACGAUUAUUUCGGUAGAUCAAAAGUCCAUGUCUCCCCGUCUUCCAUUUUCUUGUUGUCACAGUCAAUGGUCUUUUCCACCAGCAGUGAACAAGUGCUUAGUCAAGCAAAUUUACAAUUAAGCGUUAGAUUUA